AUGGAGUCUGAACCAACGAAGCGGCAGCGGCCCGUGCAGGGACGAGUCGGAGCCAAGUCGAAACAGGCACUUGCCGAGAUUAUUGCUCUGCGCAAGUCUGGGGCUCGACGUGUGGACACUUUUGAGGUCAAGGAGGAAGAGCCUGUCUACGACGUCGUCGACGAGGACCAGUAUGCUCAGAUCGUGAAGAAGCGGCGGGAUGAGGGAGGGGCCUUUGUUAUCGAUCGCAAUGGCCUGGGGUACGCCGACAUCGGCGAGGAGGUGGACUGGAGCGUGGAAGGGGACGGGGAGCAUGAGGACCUGCCCACCGGCACUGCAAAGGCACUCGCCAAAGGUCGCAAGAACAAGGCCGACCCCGCCCCGGCCCCUCCCGCCCAGCGAGCCCGCAUGCAGAAGAUGUUUGCCUCUGCGGCUGCCAAGCCUCGCGCCGGCAGCCGACCCGCCAGCCACGAUGCGGCCGCCACCGAAGCCCUGCUGGAGGACAUCCUGGGUGGCGUGGCCGCUGCCGGGUGCUCCCCCUCCGCCGCCUCCCCUGCUCGGAGAGCGCGCUACCCCGGGACCACCUCCCUGUCGCUCGCUGCCGCGGCGAAGGUCCCAGCCAGGGCCGCGGCCGCAAGUGCAGUGGUCAAGGAGGAGGUCCCUCAGGUGCAGCCUGGUGUCAGGCUCGAGGAUGAGGGUCUCGCCGCAGGUUCAGCAUCUGAGGAGGCUGCAGGUGCCGAGGGUAACAGCCGCCCGGAGGCUAUGGAGCCCCCCACCCCCGACACGGCCGUGGCUGCUGGGGGCUGGCAGGACAUGUAUGCUGCCGGUGUCGACUGCCCUUCCCCGGCUCCCACACCGGCGCCCGGCGAUGGCGCGGUGUUGACCGGCGCUCCCACCGGUGACGCGGCGGAGCUACCCCUGGACUCCAGCGGCGCGCUCCCUUUCUACCUGCUGGACGCGCACGAGGAGCCUGCGCAGGCCGGCACCGUCUUCCUCUUUGGCAGGGUGCCCACCGCCAACGGCAAGCACGCCUCCUGCUGCGCUGUCGUGCACGGCCUGCAGCGCAACCUCUUCGUCGUGCCACGCGAGGACGUGUCCACCCCCGAGAUCGCCGCGCUGGAGGAGCGGCUGGAGUCGGACCCCGGGGCGCGCGCCGCCCUCAUCCCCCUCCUCCACGCGGCACUGACGCGGGUGAAGGAGGAGACGCGGGCUCUGCUGCAGGCCCACGGCGUGACCAGCAUGGUGAUGAAGCCCGUACUGCGGCGGUACGCUUUUGAGAACCGCGGCGUGCGCCCCGGGCGCCAGUGGGUGCUCAAGGUGCGCUACCCCGCCACCUGCCCCGCGCUGCCGCCCGGCCUGACCGGGGCCGCCUUUGCCGCCGUGUUUGGCGCCAACCAGGGCCUGCUGGAGGCGCUGACGCUGAAGCGGCGCCUGAUGGGGCCCGGGUGGCUGGCGCUGGCCGCGCCACGCGCCGUCGCGCCCAGCGCCCAGCUCUCCUGGUGUGCGCUGGAGGUGGAGGUGGCGGGGCACAAGGCCGUGGCGGCGGCCCCGGCCGGCGUGCGCCCCGCGCCGCCCCUCACCCUGGCCAGCCUGCACGUGCAGACGGCGCUGGUGGCGGGGGGGGCGGCCGCCGAGAUCGUGGCCGCCUCCGUGGUGUAUCUGCCGGAGGUGGACGUGGAGGCGGCGCAGCAGGAUGGGUGGAGGUCCGCGCGCGACCUGCGCCACUUCUCCGCCGUCUGUCGACUGGGCGGCGCCCCUUUCCCUGUCGGCUUCGAGGCGCAGGUCAAGGCGGUGAACGCGUCCGAGGUGGGCCGGCGCAACGGCGGCGCCGUGCUUUCCUGCCAGGCCUCGGAGCGCUCCCUGCUGGCCAUGCUGGUGGCCCGCCUGCGUGCGCUGGACGUAGACGUGCUGAUGGGGCACAACAUUGCGGGCUUCGACCUCCCGAUCCUCCUGCACCGCCUCCAGCACCACAAGGUGCCCCACUGGAGCGGACUGGGCCGGCUGAAGCGCCACAAGUUCCCCAACCUGGCCGGGGGCGGGCACCAGUUUGGCGGCGGUGCAGCCCCCGGCGUGCUGGCGGUGCUGGCGGGCCGCCUGCUGUGCGACACCUACCUGGCGGCCCGCGACCUGGUCCGAGAGGUGGACUACACGCUGGGCACGCUGGCGCGCAGCCUGCUGGGCGAGGCCCGCGUCGACGUGUCCCCGGGCGACGUCCCCGCGCGCUACGCGGCCUCGGACCGCCUCCUGGCCCUGGUCCGGCUGACCGAGUCGGACGCGUGGCUGGCGCUGGGCCUGGCCUUCCGGCUCAGCGUGCUGCCCCUCACCCGCGCGCUGGCCCAGCUGUCGGGCAGCGCCUGGAGCAGGUCGCUGGCGGGGCAGCGCGCGCAGCGCAUCGAGAGCCUGCUCCUCCACGAAUUCUAUGCGCGCAAGUUCCUGCUCCCGGACAAGCUCUCCGGCAAGGAGAGGGAGCGGCUGGAGGCGGCGGCCGCCGAGGAGGCGGAGGGCGAGGGCGACGCGCCGGCGGUGAAGAAAUCGGGAAAGGGGCCGCAGUACGCCGGCGGCCUGGUGCUGGAGCCGCGGGUCGGGCUGUACGACCGCUACGUCCUGGUCCUGGAUUUCAACUCGCUGUACCCCUCCAUCAUCCAGGAGUACAACAUCUGCUUCACCACCGUUGUGCGGCCCAAGGACGGCGCCGUCCCGGCGCUGCCCCCGCCCUCCGAGGAGCUGGCGGUGCUGCCCAAGGUACUGCAGACCCUGGUGCAGCGCCGGCGCACGGUCAAGGACCUGCUGAAGUCGGAGCGGGACGCGGUGCGCCGCGCACAGCUGGACAUCCGGCAGCAGGCGCUGAAGCUGACGGCCAACAGCAUGUAUGGCUGCCUGGGGUUCACCCACUCCCGCUUCUAUGCCCGCCCAUUGGCGGAGCUGGUGACCGCUCAGGGGCGUGAGGUUCUGCAGAGCACCGUGGAUCUGGUCCAGGGUGCCCUGGGCGCGGAGGUCAUCUAUGGCGACACCGACUCCAUCAUGAUCCACACCGCCAGCACCGACCUGGAGGCGGUCACGCGUAUGGGCCACGCCAUCAAGAAGGAGGUGAACAAGCGGUACCGCUUGCUGGAGAUCGAUGUGGAUGGCGUGUACAAGCGCAUGCUCCUGCUGAAGAAGAAAAAGUACGCCGCCAUCAAGGUCGAGCAGGCGCGCGGCGACCAGGCUCCCACAGAGAGCGUGGAGCAAAAGGGGCUGGACAUCGUUCGGCGUGACUGGUGUCCCCUGGCCAAGGACGUGGGGAAUGCCGUCCUCACAGAGAUCCUGAGCGGCAAGGCGCGGGAGGAGGUGGUCCAGGCCGUCCAUGCCCACCUGGACGACGUCCGGCUCAAGGUUGAGGCACAGGCCGUGCCCUUGAACAAGUUCAUCAUCACCAAGCAGCUGACCAAGCAGCCCAGCGACUACCCAGACGCCAAGAACCAGCCCCACGUCCAGGUGGCCCUGCGUCGGCUGGCGGCUGGGAAGCGAGAUGGCGUCGCCCAGGGAGAAACCGUGCCGUACGUGAUCUGCGACGAGGCAGCCGACGAGGCGCACCAACAGGUCGCCGCGCCGGAGAGGUCGCUGGCGGAGCGCGCGUACCACCCGCAGGAGGUGAACGCGGCGGGUGUCUCCCUGCGCCCCUCCGCCCUCUACUACCUCUCCGCCCAGGUGCUGCCCGUGGUCACGCGCCUCUGCGCCCCCAUCGAGGGCACCGACCCCGCGCGCCUCGCCGCCUGCCUGGGGCUGGACCCCGCACGGUACCGCGGCGCCGCGGCCGCCGGCGCGGCGGCUGCCGGCGACCGCGACGUGGUCCUGGGCGCCGGCGCUGGGCUGGACGACGACGACCGCUUCAAGGCCUGCCCGGGGCUGGAGCUGACGGGGAACAACGGCACGCGCUUCCGCCUGACCGGCGUGCGCGACCUGGCGGCGCCCGCCGCCCGCGUGGCGUGUGACUCAGCGCUGCUGCCGCCCGACGGCCUGGGCGAGGCCGUGGAUGGAGGUAUGGCGGUGCAGCCCCUUACCCCGGCCCAGCUGUCCAACCAGACCGCCCUCUACUCCCGCCGCUCCAUCGCCAGGUACUACGAGGGCUGGGCGGCGAGCGACGACGCGCUCUUGCCCUGCAGGACCCGGAACGUGUGUCUGCGCCUGGGCGCGGAGGGGGGCACCCCGGGGUCGUUCCCCCCGGACCCCAAGUGCUCGGGGACGAUGCGGCGCGAGAUGGACGAGGCCGACCUGUACACCGAGCUGUGCUAUGCCCACCGAAUGGUGGACGUGGAGGGCGCGCUGGGCUUGCUGAGCAGGGAGGAUGCCGCAGCAGCCGCGCAGAAGCUGGUGCCCCUGCGCCCCGCCCUGGACGCGGCCGCCAAGGUCACAGCGGGCAUUCGAGACGGCUGCGCGUUCCGGUGGGUUUCCCUGCUGGACCUGUUUGGACAGGGCCCUGUUGCGUGA